AUGGCUCCCUCAGCCCAAGCUGCUGUUCCUGCACCUGCUGCAGACGGCAGCGAAAACAUGAACUUCAGCAAAGACGACGCCGCGUGGCUGGUGCGUCAGUUCGGCCGUUUCAGACCACUGCUGCAGACUCAAGAUGGCUGUCCUGACUUCCUCACGGAGUUAGGCUUGGGGGCUUUAUCUGCAGCCCCCGAAGCCCCAGUGCCGCAGGACGCAGACAGGAGCCGCCGGCUGCUGCAGUGGGCAAAUAGGCAGCACAAGGAGCGGCUGCAGCAUUUAAAACAGCUGGGAGCCGCACACUCGCGGUUCAUUCGCUCUGGUGCAAGGACUCAGAGGCGGAAGCGAACAAGGGGCUGCGAGCUGGGGGUUGAGAGCAGCAGCAGCAGCAGCAGCGAGGAAGAACCGCCCUCAGCAGCAGCAGCAGCAGCAGCAGACGAAAACAGCAAGCCCACAGCAGCAGCUCGUAGUAUCUCUGGGUCCGAAAACAGCGCCCAGCAGGCGUUUCCCGGUGCUGCUGCUGCUGCUGCUGCUGAGGAUGACGCCGAAGAGUGCAACGUGCUGCUGUUUUCUGCAUUUGAUUUAUUAUUUUGUUCGACGGCCACUUCGAAACAUUCAAAAGAGACUUUGCCGAGUUGUCUGCUGGACUUUGUCAGCGAAGCAAGGCAGCAGCAACUGCCUGCAGAAAGCCCCAGAAGGCUGCAGAAGCACAAGGAGGCAGCGCAUGCAGCAAAAGUCAGCAGCAGCAGCAGCACUAACAGCAGCGACAAAACGUCCGAAGAAGAUGCAGAAGUGGCGCAGUCUGCAGUGUGCGACGAGGCAGAGCUGCACCCCAUUCGGCAGCUGCAAGAGAGCGUUUUGAAUCUUCCCGAGCAAAACAAACAGACCAAAGAGAACCUGAUGCGGGAGCAGCUGAAGCUGCUGGCAGUGCGCUGGAAGUGCCUGCUGAUGAGCGGCUGGAAUGUGCUGGUGGCGGGCUGUGGCAGCAAAGGCCGCCUGCUGCGCGAGUUCGCCAGCAGCAUGUUAAGCGAUGGCUUUUGCUGCGUUUUAAAUGCUUACCAACGCGAGUUUAAACUGUCCCAGGCCCUGCAGGCCACAGCGCAGGUCAUUCGAGGCCACCUGCGCACGCAGAGUAAAUACACUGCAGCAGCAGCAGCCACAAUUCCUGCUGCGCAGACUGCAGCAGGCAGCAGCGCCUCGUGCGACCGGCUCAUCAAGGUGCGCCUAGUCUGCAGCGCCGACCACAUACAGCAUGCGCUGCUGCUGGACGCAGCAGAGCUGCGGGACUUCCGCUUUGUGUUCGAGACAGCUCACACUCGCCAGGACUACAGAGAUGAAGUGCUGAGCCGGUGGGGCUCCAUGUGCGGGUUCGUGCCUGGCUGGCUGUGGGCGGGAAGCAGAGUUCAGGGCGGCGGCAGGGGCGGCAGCAGCGUGAAUUUCGAAGUGGUGAUGCGAGGGUUGACGACGAACCACAAGCGGCUGCUGCGCUGCAUUGCUGAGUUGCAGCUCGCGCAGAUCGAGAGAAACGAAUCGCCCAUUGUGGCUCUCAGUGAUCUCGGCACUGAAACAAGCGGCAUGUCCUUGUCUUUGAGCCGACUGAAACUCAAAGAGCUCCUCGUGGAGGUCACUAGCCACGGGGCCGCUGUGCAGGCGCGAAAAAAUGGCCAGGAAGCUGUAGCUAUUCGCGCAAAUAAGGCUCAACUGCAAGAACUCCUUGGGCUUUUAGACAAAGCCGGACUCUGA